AUGUCGCUGUACGUGUCGCAAAAAUUAAGGUAAGAGAUCAGCAGUUUGGAAGAGUGGCAUUUCCUCAAUUUCCAGCAUUUGAGUGAAAAGGUAUUUGUCAAAUAUGAAGAAUUUCUGUCGCCAGCGUGGCACACGUUUUUGAUGAAAAAUAAGGAAAAUGGGGUUUCUACAGUACUCGAUGAGAGGGGUCUGGGGGCUGUUCAGUGAACUGUUGUCAUGAGUAGAUUUGAGAGAACACGUGGAAAAGCAUUUUGCCGGACCAACUUCUUGUUUAACUUAUGUUUAAUACUCCUUUUACUGUUUUGGUAUUUUCAUUUUCAAGAGUUUCGAUCUUCGUUGUUUCAUUAGUUUCGUUCAUAAAGAGGGCGAGGAUAUUUGAAUCGUGUAGUUUUUCUGCGAUUCUGGGCACCUUCAGAUUUUUACCCUGCGAGCCGGCAAGCUCUCCAUUCACUCGACAUGCAGGCUAGAUUAUUCACAGCCUGCGUGAGCCAUGUUUUCCUCUCGACUUUUUGCCCUUAGAGUAUUUUUCAUCCACAGGCUUUUUCUGAACUCCGUUCUGAAAGUAGUUUUCUUUGUAAACUGCGUCGAGGGAUAACUUUCGAGUUUAGGUCAGGUUCCUCAUACUUAUAUAUCUUGAUACUAUUUUCGUAGGAGGCCUUAGCGAGUCUCAAACUGCCUCACUGGCCGGGAAGCAAAACAAGGAAUUCACAAUAGUCUUCAUUAACCAGCUGCAGUUAGAAUUAUGGAGAAUUAUGGAUAAUGAAACCCUGUGGUUAAAAGCCCUCUUUGUGAUAAAGACUAUGUUUCCCCUGAAAUAAAUUGAUAGUAAACCUACGCGUGCUAUCUCAAAAGUUUUGAAAACUUUUCCGGUAACAGAUCUUAUCUCACCGGUGCAACAGUUUUUUAAAAACAGACCUGUAACACUUAAAGUAGCCCUUCAAAAUCAUCGGUAUACAGCUCUUUCGUUAUCAACUACAAUGAUGAAGAUAGAAUGUAAAUUUUUUUUAACAAAAGGGCUAAUUUUUAGAAAUAGUCUGAUUGACUUGGCUACUUUACGUUUCUGACAUAACAAUUUUGCUGUUUAUUUCGAGUUUCUUAAGUUGGCUUUAAAAUACAGUUUUAUUGUACGUAUUACUAAAUGUCAGUAUGGGCGCUCUUUAAUAAGAACUUUAUUACGACACCGGCGAAAUAGAACAAAACCGGAACUUAAAUAAAGAAAAUCAAAGAAUAACCUAGUUAUUAAAACACAUGUGUACUUAAAAGUUUUCAUGAUCUGUCAGUUAUUUCGAGCGGUAAAAAGGGUAGAUACAAGAAGGGCGUUAGAAUGAACACAGUAUCUGAUAUUAAACUUUUCAGUUUAUAUUAGGUAGUAAUGACAUCAAACUUUCCUUCACUUCAUCUUAUUUAACCGUGUGAAUUAGCCAUUAUCAGGCACAUGCGAUCGAACCCGUUAUCGGCAUCGAAUACUACAUUAAUUCAAUGAUGAAUGCAGUCUCAGUGGCCUUCUUAAAAAGCCUUCCUUGUGUCCAAAUAAAACUACAUUUCAACCAGAUCACGUUCAGGAUCAUGAGAAAUUUAAAAGUAAGUGGGUAACCCUAUUUCAUAUUUGUAGCGGGAAAACGACCAACAUUUUGGCCGCAUCAGUACAAAAACUUGACACCCUAGCAUGUCAGAUUGAAACAAUCCCCUUGAUAGGUAAUUGAAUGGACUUGGCCACGAACAUGUUAUAGAUGACACCUUAAGUUCAGUAUCUUUGAACAAGAUUAUAUUUGAAGAUUACGAAUUUUUGUCUUGGUAAAACCUAUAAAAAAGUGAAACAAAGUCCAACCAAAUGAAGUUUCAGCUGUUUGCCCGCGGGCUUGCAAUUGUUUGUAACUGAAUGGAAAGUAACAAGACUGCUUACAAUCAACUCAGCACUAAAAUACUCCAGGUUUCGGCUCUUUUUGUCAAUAUUCAUUUCUUCUCAGUGUUAUAGCAGUAAAAAAAAAAUAUAUAAAGGGCUGCGGGGGAUUCAAUGGAGUUCUAACAUAUUGACAUUUGAAAAGUAUUACAAACUUCAAUUGUCAACCGGGUUUUUGUUUUUUAAAAGCCGAAGUCUAAACAUUCACUUUCGGAAACACAGUUACUUUAUCUGCUAAUUAAUAAUGUUAUGUAUUGACCCUUAUGUAGUUUCGCUAGUCUGUCUUUUUUUAAUUUUUGCUACCCAGCUAGUGGCCAAUCACCGAGGAUGGUCGACUCGCGAGAGCUUUUCUGGACUUCUGCCGAUCAAGUCUUCCGAUUGAACUUUGUAUUAGCCUGUGUUAUUGCAAACAGUUAUCGUUCGAAUUGUAAAAUACAUUUAUGUAUUAGUUGACUUUUACAAACAGCAAGGACAAACACAUUUCCGGAAACAGAUAGCUUAAAAGUUUAGUAAUCAUUUUUUUCCUUCCAUUUGCAGAAGGAAUUUAUCUGAACCCGUUCAGACUUAUUAGAGCACCGCCGGGUUAGCCGAAAACGGCAGGUGAGUACUCACGGUAUGACGCGGAAAAGUAUAUUUUUAGCUCUGAGUUCUGCUAUAUCGUUUUAAACCCUCAUGUCGAAUACAAGUUAGAGGGUUAGAACUUUAACUUGUAUUUUGCCGCAAAGUUGUACUACGAUUUGUCCAAACUUUAAUGCUUCUCGCUUCUUCAGGCCUGGUGUUAAUUUUUUUAGGCAUUCUGGGUGUUUGACUUUGCACGAUCGAAAAUUUUUGCAUUGCGCCGGAACUAUAUACAGUUAAUUUUUGUGAUUGGCUUAGCUUCCUUUCCGGGAAUGCGAAAUUAUUAUAUGAGUUCAAAUAAAGGCAAUCCAACAUCCGAAAGUAAAUUCUAUUUUCUUUCUAAGCCUUCACAGUUAUGGACUUCAUUUUUGCGAUUGAAUUUUUGCCUUGGGUUUUUGUUGUUGUUGCUGUUGUUGUUGUUGUUUUUAAUAUUAUUAAUCCUUACGGAUCGUAAAAUAGAACCCUCAAAAUUGUAGUGUCACACGGUUUGUGUUUUCGGUUUGAGUGGACAAACUCUUUUUUCAACUCUUCUAUUAGGACAAUAAAAAAAUACGAGUAAAUUCAUCUCCACCCUGCAAUGCCAAUCAGUCGGCCAUUCGUUAUCAAACUAAUCGUCAUAAAGUUUUUUUGGGUCAGUUUCCCUUAACAGCGAUACUCUUCUAUCAAAUAUCUAAUGAAACGACCCCGACCAUACUCCACCUAGUGCAAUAAAGAGUAAAAUAAGUUAAGAAAGUCAAGCCUCGAGAAUGACGGUAACUUGAUAAAGAGAUACCCGAUAAAGAGUCCACUGUUUUUUCAAAGUGUUGCACUAAAAGAGUUUUGCAAGAAAGAUUGUAACAAGAUCAGUUAUUUCAUAGUUCGGUCUACUCUGUGAUGUUGUUUUACUUUAGUUACCGCCGUGCGGUUGUUUCGAAACAUUCACUGUUUAUUUGAAACUCUGGAAUUUAUUAAUGGUUCAAGAUCGAGCGGAAUGAGGUGGUGUUACAAUUUUCUGUUUACCUGUCCUUAUGAGUGCUGUAUAAUACAACUAUUUGUGCUUUAAUAAAUAUACAAUAGAGCAAAAGCUCAUAAGUGUCCGCUUUGGUUUUUCACAGAGAGUUGGUCGUCUAAAGGAAUCAAAAUUCAAUUAUUUUAUCAAGAACUUUGAAAAGAAAUGUUAACUGCAAUAAAAUAUAUUGCAUUCAGUUCUCACAUUUGACGAUCUUUGUCUCGCUCAAUGUAACGUUCAGGGGCACCGAUCGGGAAUAUAGUUCAAAACCAGUUAAACAUAGCAUUGUUAAACGUAUGUUAGUAUUUAAACGGUAGAUAUAGGCAUAUUUUUAUCCCCUAAAAAUUUUUCAUCUGUUCGGAUUUCCUAGCUGAAAGUCUAGUGAUCCGAAAAUUAUAGGGAUCAAAACUUACCUUUUCGAAAAUUUCAGCCAGAAAAAAGGCUCCCGCAAAUUCAAGGUGACCUUUUUAGGGUAAAAAUCCGUUAAAAAUGAGAAAUUAUACCAUUUUUUAGAUGUAUCCUAGGAGAGGCAGGCAAGCAAGACAUUUUACAACAAAUGUUCCGAAAAUUCUAGAUCUCAAAUCGUCUUCCGAACAGAUAUUUUCCGAAAAUUGACGUUGGGUGCCCCUGUCAAGAGACGUUAUCAAACACAUUACUGGGCGGCGUUGGUUGGCGUUUAGGGGUUAUACUAUCACGCUAUUUGCUAUCCUUGUAAAAACCUCAAACGUGUCUUCGCAUCCGUUUAAUUCCAUGAAUAAUGGCGAUCCAGUUUUGUUAUUUAAGACUAUAUUUAGGCGUUGAAACUGUUUCCUGUCGAGGUCUGUUGCUAAGGAUCAUGGCAAGGAUGGACUUAGAUUGAAACUUGAAAAAACUUGGGUCUUAAUGCUGUGCCAGCAAAAAUCACCAAAAAAGUGUUAUGGUUACGGCUUCUUGACGAAAUUUCUUUAAAUAAUAUUUACACUGUUUAUAGUAACGUGGGAAUAAAAUAACAAAAAAGAGAAAAAAAGAAACGAAAGAAAUGAGUGGCUUUGAUAGAAGUGUACGGUGCUCAGAGGAGCUUGGCUUUCGAGCUAACCAUCCCUACGUACUAUGAAUAGGAAUACUUAAUAUGGAGAAUGUGCUAGGUGCCAUGGCCAAUAUGGACGAUGAUGUGAAACAAUCAUUUGUAUGUAUUUAACUUUCAGAGUUUAAGGGGAGACCGGAGAGAACGUCGCCGCAUGUAGACGUGCGUUUGUUUGCUCCGCUGGCCGUUUAAGAAUUUACUAUAUUUUUGAAGUAUCAUCAUGUUAUAUUCUUGGGCAGAGACACUUCAGUGUUACAGUGUUUCUCUUUACCGAUGUAUUCAAGCGGCUGGGUGUGAAUAUCCUUUGUUAGUUUCAUACUAUUCUUCGUUUUCACUGUCACGCAAUAAACACGGCACAAAAAAAAAACAACUAGAAACCGUCCAGUGGAAGAAGCCGAGAAAAUGAAAUGUUAUAAAACACUAACAUAUAAACAAUUUGUCCAAGUCUCAGGUCUUUGUGACCCACAGUUUCUGAGUUAUUUGCCGAAACAUUUAACGCACCUUUGUAGAGCUUGGUAUGGAGUCGACCAAUGUGGCCGCCGAAAAUCAACAAAAACAUCUGGUGUUCACUUUUUCUGUAAAAGCUCUUUCUUUUCACUCGAGAGCUAGCAUACGUGCGCAUAAACACGUCUUUUAAUACUUGAAAUCGUUAAGCUGCUGAAAAUCAAGAGGAGAGACCUUUUUCAACGAGGCAGCAUUUCUAUUUUGGUGUCUUGCACUGUGAAAACUCGGAAGUUCAAAUUACUGUAUUUUCGAAAUGACUCACGCUUCGGGGCUGGAAACUUGUACAAAGAUUUAUUUUUUAUUUAUCUUCAACCUAGUGUAAAUAAGAAUUCAUAAAACCUCGCUAUUUUGACUUUGCAAUUUGAUAACGUCAAUAUAUUGGCAAAUAAAUUUGUAAAUUACCAACCCUUAGCUGUCCGAUCAGCCUUGCCUUCAAUUCUAAGUGUUACUUUAUAUUACUGAUCCUGAUCUAGAACAAGAUCCAGCUUUCCUUCGGAGCUGUUUGUCCAAAUGGUCCCUGCAAGAAUCGUACGCUAAGAAGCUAGUAAUGCCCGGUCAUUGCAAGAAAACAGCCAAUCAGAGCGCGCGUACUAUUGUAGCCAUAUAAUAAAGAACCGUAAUUUUAUUGUUUUCAUCCAAGUCGCACGAAGGUCUGGCUCGGUUUGUAAGGCAAAGGCAAUAUCUUUGUUCCUCAGUUAUUUUAAGGCCAUGAGUAUUGCCAGGCCCCUGCCUGUGGAUUAAAUCCUCGACUUCAGUUCAGGGGUACAGUAAUGACGUGGUUAAGCAGUUAAGUUGAAUGAUGUGAUAUACGUCUCUUUUCAGGUUAAUUUUUAGUAUGGCUGUCCUAUCGCUAUGGACCCUUUCGACCUUGGUCACAUGUAUUCUUCAGAGAAGUAAAUAUUUUGUUUUUUAUUCUUUGUUCUUUUUCCCAAGUUUAAUGUAGAAUUUCCAAUGAGAAUCAAGAUUGAAUACACCUUUCCAUUUACAUUUGUCGGACUAAACUACUCCGCCAAGUUAAUAAAAUAACAACGAUCAUUUUUCUUUCCCUAAGUCUGGCAUAUGAUAUUAAUAAUUAGAAAAUGUUAAAUGUUUGAACAUUUAACGUUUGUUUUUCUCUUUUGUGGACAGAAGUUGCUGUAAAGGGGCUACCACCUAAGGUAAAUGCAUCUGUAUUAUUAUUAUUAUUAUUAUUAUUAUGGGGUAGCCCAGACUUAAUGCAAUUUUGAUAUUUUUUUCUGGCUUUUGUUUUUGUUUUUGUUUUUUUGUUUGUUUUUUCUUUUUAUAAAUAAUCCAAUCUCAAGCAGCAUUUGUAAAUUGCCUAUACGUAGCGAGAUUUACAAUUGUACAUUUAAAAACACAAAUAAAGUUUCCAGUAAUUAUCAAUUCACUUUUUAUCAAAUUGUUGAAUUACACAGUACUUACAUUGCAAUAACCCAGCAUAAGUUCUGAUAUGAUAACAAAAAAGAUCCUCAAAUUAGCGUCAACAAGAUUGUUUGAAGUAGCAAAUGUACAUAAUAGAGAGAUUAAGAUUCACGUUUACGCAAUCGGCAAACGUGAAAUUGUAACACGUGAACAAAUUUCCCCCUUAAUUGUCGUUUACUGUUUAUAUAAUCACUUCUACUAAAAAAAAUAAGUAGUUUCACGCCAGUUUUAUCCAUAAGAAUAGUUCUGGACAGCUUAUAUCUGCUUACCUUCUAUUCUGAGAAAUUUCCAACUUGAAUCUGACGUUUGCCGUUUGCCGUUUGCCGUAAACUUGACUCUUAACCUCUCUAAUAAAGACUGCUUACGAAAACAUCUGAUUUGACUGCCAGGCUACUUACAUUUAGUGAAACCAGCAGAAAGCUUAGCUCGCGACUGACUGAAUGCAAACUAGCGACGAGAAAUGGCGACGUCAACAAUCACUUUGCUGAGCACCAUUUACAGACGAAAGCGUCAAAUCGACUGGAACUCUGCGACGUGUAUUACGUAUUCUACAAACUACUACCAACGACUCACUUUAGAAAGCUAGUUUUACUAACUUAGAACAAACGCCACUGAAUCGUAGUCAACAGUUACCGGCACCGUAUAAACGACUUAUUGACGGAAUCAAGCAAAACUAAUUGACCACUGCAGAAAAUACCAUAACAUACCAUAAUGCUCUUUGUUUGUCACCCCAAAAUUUUGCAUAAGCAUUUUCUUCAAUUUCUCUUGGAAGUUAAAAUGGCCCCAAGAGAAACUGAAAACAAUGCUUAUGCAAAAGUUUGGGGCGACAAAGAAAGAGCAUUAUGGUAUGUUAUGAUAUUUUCUGGAGUGAUCAAAAACAACUACGAGAAAACGACUGGACACAUGACAAUUUGACUAACAAUAAACGACUGUUUAACUGUGACAGUAGACGGAUCGUAAAGCACCAAUGACAUUACGAGUCUUCAUAGCCAAUAAGAUCACGGCUUAACUGACAGACGACCAACAACAUCGCGACUUAAUUUACCAAUCCGAUCAAUAACCAGAGUUUAAUACCAUCAACUGAAGUGAUACAACUCACUUUGACUCUGAAGAUGACUACUGCACGCUAGGUUGUUGAAACGUCAGUCUAUGUCAACAACAACAGUCCUAUUGGGGACUACAUUUACCAGGACGAUCAUACUCAACCCACUCAUGAUAUACCCAAUUUUAUAUAUGAAAUGUGUAAAACGUGGAUAAAAGGAGUGUAUUAGGUGUUCUCCCUGUUUUAGUUGGUGAUUUUUGCAUGCGAGGUGAUGGGAAAUAUAUUCAUUGUUUUUUCACAGACGGCUAUGUUUUUCAUAACAAAGAGUGACCGAUAAAAAUCCUAAUCCGUUAUCCUAAUCUGUUACUCCGUAAGAAGUUAGCGUAUUUGACUUUAAUGAACGGGCCUGUGAUUUUAAGUCCUUAUUCUAUACGGUUUCAUUUGUUAUCAGCAGAAUCUCCAUCACCAUAUGACUAAAAGAGAAAUUAAACAUUUCUUUGGUGUAGAAGAUCAUGAUAAAGGUAAUUAUGGUGACGAUUCAAGGUAGCUUGGCGGUUUUCUUCAAGCACUUUAAUAACAAUGUAUUAAGAAUAAUUUGUCGGAAUAGGUUGAUAAUCUCUGUCUCUACAGGGUAUUGGAGUCCAUAAUUACGCAAUAACUCCAUCAGCAGUCUCCGUUCAAAUCAUCUCAUGCAAUAGUAGUUUGCAGGUAGAUUGCGGUGUCUUUUAAAGUUUAGCAUUAAGGUUUCCUUUUUUUGUCUCUCUGAACAACUGCUUUUAUUGGUUUUCUUUGUAAGUUCCUGCAUAUGAUGUCGCCAGUCCUUACCUGUCCAAUAAUCAGGGAGACUUCGUGUCUUAUUCCCUACAUCCUAGCCUGGCCAGGAGUAAACGAGACGCUGAUCGUUAUGCCGAGAAUUCCUAUUAUAAGUUGGAUACAUUUGGUACAAAACUUCAUUUGAGAUUAAGACGAAACGAACACUUGUUGGCUCCAGAUCUGAAGCUAGUGAGACAAAACGGUGACGGCACAACAACUUCGCAUCCAGCACCGCCAAACACUUUUUAUCUGGGACAUGUUAUUUCAGAUCCACGCUCUACAGUCGCACUUAGCAACGAUGGGGGUCUGGUAAGUAAAAACUAAAAAUUAUUAACUCUAGAGACGUAACCAGACGUCUUCUAUUGGUCUUCAUCCAAUAGAGCGCAAAAUAAAUUAAUGACGGGGAAAUCAUAAAAGUCAUAACUGAGGCGAUAGUGACAUUUGAAAAUUAUUUACAUUGUCAGACUGGCUUAGUGAAAACAUCACGUGAUACGCUGUUUCUGCACCCUCUUCCUCCACAUUUGGCUAAGCACGUGACGAGCAGUAAAGAUGCCACGCCCCACCUUGUAUAUCGAAGGUCUUUCGAAGACAGCGAUGCCUGGUGUAACAUAAAGAGUGGUAAAAAUCAAUCAAUUUUUUAAGUUUUGUGUCUUUUUACGUCUUCUGACCUUUGUCUUUUCCUUCCUUAUCUUUAAUAUACUUUUCUUUUCAGUUCAAGUUAGUUUGUGUUCACACUUUCAGCGCAGUAUCAACUGGCAAAUAAUAAUAAUAAUAAUAAUAAUAAUAAUGAUAAUAAUAAUAAUGAUGAUGAUAAUAAGGUGGCGAAAAUAUCGAGCAUGGGUUUAUUGCAUAUAGUUAUUAGUAAAAGAUAUUGCCAACUUUCUACCGACCAGUCAGUGACAAUGAAUGGAGUAAAAAACAGUUAGACAGUGGGUCCAUUACCUUGGACCCACUUUGCUAUUUAUUAAUCUAUUAACUCUUUGUUGUCCAUGUCAAAACGGCCAACGGCUCUGUUUCAUAUUUCACAGAUGAAGCCGAUAUCCGUUCAAAGAGAUCCUUGGAAACUGAAGACUCUCUGCCCGUGAGAGCAAGUACCCCAGUAUACAAGACUCUAAAAGUGGCGUUACUGUACCCUUCACCUCUUAAGGUGAAAUACUCCAGUGAGUCCUUAUACAGUUCUCUGGGAGGUGUUGAAAAUUACCUGUUAGUUGUUGCUAAUAUGGUAAGUACUGGUUUUGCAUUUCUCUAGUCAUUCUUGUUGUAGCUCCUCUGUAGCUCUGUAGCUCCUCCUUUACGGCCCUCUUUUUCCUUACCCAUUUAAACUAAUUCGAGAAAAUAACAAAUAACUAGUUACUCCUAGUAAUUCUGUUUGUUUGCUUGUUUGUUGGUUGGUUGGUUUUUACUGUAUUAUUUCUCAUAUCACGUUGUUCCAUCUUUAAACUAGACGUAAGAGAUUGCCAGUAUCUUUAGUAUUUAAUUACUACUAUUUAUUUCCCCUCUUCUGGUUGCCGAACGUUGCAGAAAAUUUCAUGCAAAUGGCUUUAUUUACUAAGGAUACCAGUGAGGUCUCUUGCUGAAAUAGAAUACGUCUCAGAAACAAAGAUAAACGAAAAAGAAAAGUUCCAUAGUAAAUCUGCAGCUACACAGAAAGGAUAAACAACGUAUACAAGGCUUUGACAAGUCCCGGCCUGGUUGAUCAAACUGUUGUAAAUCUCUGAAAUUACUUCAUUUGUCAUCUGAUAGUUGGUAUUAUUUUUAUUGUUUAGUUUGGUUAAAUUUUGAUGGGAGGAACGUGAAGUUUAUAAUUAUAUAUCUAUAUCCAUGUCUUUUACGAUGUUCUUAGGUGGCUGGCAUGUUUCAAGACCCCUCGAUUGGAAAGAUAAAAAUUACCUAUGUGAUCACCAACGUUACCGAGAUAGAUCCCGCGCAGGUACUAAGAAUAUAAUUGAGCUGGCAGAGGAGGUGUAGUCAUCUGUUAGUAGUCAAGAUAUUAGAGUCACUUCGGUACUGUGUAAUAUAUCUCGACAUUGCAUGUGAUUUGGGUGAUACCUUAACUUUUACCUAAGUUUCCUCUUAAAUUUUAGCCCUUUUUAAUUGACAAAUUUAUUAAUAUUGAGCAAUGUAUACAUUUUGAAACGUAAACCAUUUAUAAUAAAUUUUGAGGAAUUUACUUAAAAUUCAGUAACUUUGGACAAUAAUGAAGCGCUUGUGGGACAUAAGACUGACUAUCAUGUAGUUUCAUUCAAAGGGUUUGAAUGUAACAAGAUAUCAAAACUGCAACUUGUGAUUUCAAGUUAAUUUGGUGAUGACGAAAUUAACGCCACACUUGGUAGAUUCUGGUGCUGUUGAAUUUUUCAAUUUUCAGAAGAACUGUCUCCAGAUACCGUUACCAAUGAACACUGUUAAACGACCUCCAUUAUUUUAAAAUCUUUAUUGCAGUAUAAGUUCAACUUGAGUGAUUCUUCGAUACCGAAGCUGAUGAGUUUAGCGGCCAAAAUUAAAGAAGACAAUAAAGCAUCCAGAGUACCCUACGAUGUCUUUAGUUACGUGUCAAAGUAAGAAUUCUGACGGUUUGUUGAUUUAUGCAAGUUUAUUUGUAUUGGAUUAUUAACAUUUAUAUCUAAUUACAUUUAAACGUUUCUUUACUUUCAGUCAUAUUGAGGGUAUAGGUAAGUCGUAGUAAUUUUUUUAGUUUUCUGAGGGUCGCCGAGACUCUCUCGUGAUGUUAUAUUCUCUUUGCCCUUGAAUUACCGCUAGUUUCAGUUAACGUUAAGGCAAAAUAUUUUCUUUGGAAAUAAAACAAAGCUGUUGAGACUUUCAUCUCAUUGAGGGGCAUAUUGUCAAUAAAGGACAAUGAUGAUUGGUAUUUUAUGAAAAUACUGUCAGAAAACUUGCUCUCAUUUCUUGGAAGACAGUUUUUACAAUACAACACUAUAGUUUUUGAUCUGGUCAGCAUGUUUGAUACAUUCUCUUUUAGAUGUACAUACAAACAGUCAUGCCUGCUUUUUCAUUUUUUUUGCUUCUUGUCAAUAUCAAGUAUGACUAACGUGGACAAAAGAUUGUAAGAGUCAGCAACGCGACUCUCCAAUAAGUAUUGAGGUUGGGAAAUGCGGAUACGGUUGCCAUAAUAGACGUUUAUACGCUCGGAAGAAACCUGUCUUAGUGGAAAGAGUCGCAACACGUUUUUGUAUACGAGCUGGCAGCCGAACCUUGUGAAAGCGAUCAGUUUUUGCCGACCAUUUAAUUCCAUUUAGGUCGCGCCAUUUAUAAUCGGAUCUGUACAGGGCCUACUGGAAAUCUAAAUCAUGACAAGGGUCUUCAAACGGCACUCCACAUUGCCCAUGAAACAGGACACAAGUAAGUAAAUCUGCCCAUUUGAGACCCAUCACUUGGAGAGGUAUCCAUCUCUCACGCGAUCUAGGCUAGAGCAUGCAAUCGGCUGAACACAGUUUUGCGGGCGGUCAGCGGUAACUCGCGUGACCGCGCGUGUUUUUAAUUAGACAAACAAACAUGACGGCGAAAAAGCAAUGAUACACAGAAGACGAUUUCUCAAAAUCUACUUAUUAAAAUUUUGUGAUAUUUGGCAGAAUUUUUACUCUUAUCGUAUUUUAGAUAAUGAAAACUUUAAAAUGGAAGUUGAACAGACGAAUUUCGUGACAAAUUUAAUAAUUACAGUACAAUUAUAUUAUUGAUUAUCUAAAAGUCCGUCUGUUAAAAUUUGAUCAAAUAAGUUUCAAAUGGUAAUGAUUAGUUACAGUAAGCUGUCUACAAGUUUAUAGGAAAAUCUAAUGAGCGAAUUUUAUGUAAACUGAACAAAAGUGAAAUUUUAAGGUUGUAUUCAAUCGUUCAUGUUGCCAUGGAAACUACGAAAACGUCAAAUUUUACCUGUCAAUCACAAUCUUUUAUUAGUAUAUUUUUCACCUGCCAAGUUUCAGCUUGUGAGCUGCAACCUUUCUCUUGCCAUGAUUUGGCAAAUGACAUACACUCAAAAACUGCCAAAACUGUGUUCAGCCACCUUAAUUGGUUAAAGAUUCUUGAGGGUAAGAAGAUGUAUUGUCAGAUGUCGGAGUAGCUUUAUUACCUUCAAUGCCCUCAGGGCUUAAAUAGUUUACUUAGUAUAGUUUUACAAUUUUUCGAAUUACUUUUUAUUACAUUUCUAUAUUUCUAUUUUUUUAACAAAUCACAAUAUUAUUUUUGCAUUCAUAUAGCGUUUUCUAGACUUUCUAGUAGUAGGUUCUUGUAUAUUUCUAUAAAGUUAUAUUUUUUAAGUAAUUAUAUUCAUUUGCAAAUAAUCACCUAAUUCAACUUCCAGUUACAAUGUGAUUAUUAAUAAACUAUCUAUUUAUCUAUCUAUCUAUUGGAUUGUAUGGAAGUCUGUUGAGCGAAGAAGGAAUGAUCUGUGUUAUUUAGGCCCCGUUGCUAUGGAGAAAUCUUUCCUCUAGUAGAAGGGUCACCCUCCCAACAGAGUUAGUUUACGCGAGCUUUUACAUUAGUUAAAAAAAGAUAAAAGUUGGUUCACCCUGGGUAGCUAGGGCAGGCGAGUGACCCACUUCUUCCCCUACCUUCUCCAUAUAAAUGGGGCCUUAGUAGCCGCGCCCCUGGACUUUCCCAUGAUAUAAAUAAUAUUCCCAGGAUAUAAAUAAAGUUUAUUAUUAUUAUUAUUAUUAUGGUCAGUUACCGACAGUUCAACCUACUGAAACUGUGAUCUAGCGUCACUUCGUGUCUAUGUAAGAUCCAUUUUUUAUAUACCAGAUAACCGUAACCUAAAGUUAAAAGCGGUUAAAUUAUGAAAUUUCUGGUGUCCACGCACUUACUGAUUAUUUACCCAUUGACUCGUAGGCUGUUUAGGUCAGGGUAACAAAGAACUGCCGUGAGAUUCAAAUGUUAAUUAUAUAAAAUUCACUAUCAUUAUUUUAUGUUUUGUGUAAUUAACCACCUUUUAUAUAUUUCAUGUUAUAUUUUCGUGGAGUCGUGUAUAUAGAGCCACUCAAACUUCCAUUUGCUAGACUGAGCACCUCUACCUUUGAUAAAUUAUUGUUAAUAAUGACAUGUUUUUUAAAUCAGCUUGGGGCUUGGUCAUGAUGGUGGUUACUGUGGAGGACGCAUAAUGAGCGGUACUAUUCCUGGAGGAGAACACGCAUCAGAGUGGUCCGAAUGCUCUAGGAAGGUUAUUCAACCAUUCCUCUCUAACAGGCAUGUUUAGCAACUAUAACUUGUCUCGUUUACUUCAAUAUUUCAUUGAUACCUCAAUAGACAUCAAUAUAUGUGUCAAUAUGGCAGAGCACGUCCAUCUUCUAUACAUCCAUCCGCGCACCCAGUUACAACACCCACCCAGCCAGUUUUUAAUCACGUGCCCAUCUCUCAACCUAGCCACUCUCCAAUCAACUCAUCCCCUUAUCAAUCCGUUAUAGAGUUUGCUCAAUUUUCUCUCUAUCAGUCAGCCAAGUUACCCGACUCUGUUUUUUACCUUUGAUUCAUACUAAAACUACAUAUUAUUUUCUCAGCAAAAGGUCACAUUGUCUCGAUGAUGGACCCACUGUGGAUGGUCCCUCCCUUCCUCUUGAGUUUCGCGAUAAACUUCCUGGUCAAAUAAUUGAUGGUAAUAGACAGUGUGAAGCACAUUAUGGGAAAGGCUGGAAAAGAUUUGAAACGGUACAACUGACUAGUUUGAUUCUUCAUGUCUUCAAUCAUGCAGAAACUCAUGUUCUCAUGAAUUCUGUCUUGAAAUAUUUCGCUGUAUCAAUCUGUAUUAGAUCAAUUUGACAACGGUACACUCAUCAUAGACUUAAAAUAAAUCAAUUUGUAAUAUCAAUUAAGGCAGCUGUAUAUAAAGUUUCGCAUAAUUAAGCCCUAGUUUCUGCAGUGGACGAAAAGAAGGCCUGUGAACGAGGUUGUGGUAAAUGGAAUCGAGGGAAAGAAGAGGGCGUUAUUAAUAGGCUAAAUGCGGUUGAAUUAUCCGUAAACUCAUUAUCUAGACGAUAAAUAGUUAGAAAUGCUCAAUUAUCUCCUUAAGAGGUUUUGCAACGGAGUCAAGGAUACAGGCUAGUAGGAGACAAACCAUUUGGGCAUUAACAAGCAUGGCCGAAGAUUCGAACUUGUGUCUACCGAGAACAAUCCAGCUAUAUAGCGGUCAGGGUGAGAGUUUAACCAAGAGCCUCUGAAUUUCAAGUAAUGGCUUUAACUGUCUGGCCAAGUUGCCUCCCUAGCUGACGAUCACUGCCUCCCUAGCUUACGAUCACUGCCUUCCCAGUUGAUAAUCACCACCUUCCUUAUCAGCUGAAAAUCAUUGCCUCCCCAGCUGACGAUCACAGUCUCCCUAGCUGACGAUCACUGCCUCCGUAGCUGAUAAUCACAGCUUCGCUCGCUGCUAAUCACUGCCUCCCAAGCUGACGAUCACUACCCCCCUAUCUGACAAUCACCACCUUCCUUAUUAGCCGACAAUCACUGCCUCCCAAGCUUACGAUACCUGCCUUCCUAGCUGAUAAUAACUGCCUCCCUAGCUGACGAUCACCAACUUCCUUAUUAGCUGACGAUCACUGCCUCCCUAGCUGACGAUCGCUGCCUCCAUAGCUGACGAUCACCGCCUUCCUAGCUGAUAAUAACUGCCUUCCUAGCUGACGAUCACCACCUUCCUUAUUAGCUGACGAUCGCUGCCUCCCUCGCCGAAAAUCACUGCCUCCAUAGCUGACGAUCGCUGCCUCCAUAGCUGACGAUCACCGCCUUCCUAGCUGAUAAUAACUGCCUUCCUAGCUGACAAUCCCCACCUUCCUUAUUAGCUGACGAUCGCUGCCUCCCUCGCCGAAAAUCACUGCCUCCAUAGCUGACGAUCACUUCCUCCCUAGCCGAUAAUCACUGCCCCCUAGCUGACGAUCACAGUCUCCCUACCUGACGAUCACAGUCACCCUAGCUGACGAACACCGCCUCCCUAGCUGACGAUCACUGCCUCCCUAGUUGACGAUCACUGCCUCCCUAGUUGACAAUCACCACCUCCCAAGCUGACAAUCACCACCUUCCUAGCUGAGAUCACAGGGAGGAGAGAGUAGAGGAAAAUCUCUUCUCUUGCCACAUCUUCUUUCCUGCUCCCUUUGAAUAAUCCCAACUCCCCAAACUUUUUGGAAAUCAGCACAACAGUUCAAUGUAAUUUAAUUUUGACUAGGGUGAGCGUUGUUUGACGAAUUUUACUCGGUUUUGAUGCGGCUGUCCUCGUUGGAAGAAAUAUUACACAAACAUAAUAAUAAUAAUAAUAAUAAUAAUAAUAAUAACAAUCUUUAUACAGGGAGCUCACUUCACAAAGAGUGAUAUUCAGUGAGGCGCUGUAAAACAAUAGAAAAAUAAAUGAUCUUAGAUAAAUGAGUAUGUAUUAGUAAUAAUAAGUAAAACGUUAAGAACUAAAAAGUUAACUAAUAUAAGCUACAGGUUAAAAAUGUUAAAAUGUUAGAUAGAUUAAAAUAUUAAAAGCUAUAAAAUAUCUUAAAAUAUACAGCGUUUUUUUAUGUUCCAGUUAAUAAGAAGAAGAGAGUUAAUUUUUUUAAAAAUAUGCGUCUAAAAAGUUCCAUUCCUUAGGGCAUUGAUAAAAAUAUCUCUGCUUUCCAUAUUUCCUUUAAACGAGAGGAAUCUCAAAAUAUUAAAAUUGUGAUGGGCAAGUCCGUGGAUGUACUUAAAAGUGGUAAUGUAUCUAUUUAAAUGGGGCUCUUGAGAUUAAGUAGGCCAUCCGAGUGUUUUGAGAGCGUCGGUAGAUGAAGCAUAGUUGGGCAAAUCAAGGAUAACUUUGGCAGCCUUAUUUUGUAAGACUUGUUAAUCAUGUAAUAUUAUCUCUGUCUCCACAGAUGGCAAGUAUGUUAUUUUUAUGUUCUUUUAUUUAUGUUUCAGCAUCAGUGCGCGCAUUUAAAAUGCAUCAAAGAUUAUACUUUACUGACCAAAUUUGUCGUGGUCGCUGAUGGGACGAAAUGUGGACCUAACGAGGUAGGCCGACCCAUGUUUUAAAUUGUUUUCAUUUGCAUUCUGUAUCCAAUUUUCGUACGUUAUUCAGUUUUAUUUCCACACUCAAACGUUAAGCACCGUACUAGGCCACUGGCACAAUGACAUCAUUUUACUUGAUGUAACUAGAAGCCCUUUCGUUUUUCCUUUAUAUUUAAUUUUGGUAAUCCCAGCGAGGUUUAAGUAACAAAAGUAGAUGUACUGCCUCUAAAUCUUUAUUUAUUAUUAUUAUCAUUUUAUUAUUUGCACAAGAAAUCAAAACCCUGAAGGAUUCUGGUCGUAGUAGUUAAAAGAACGUCAUCGUGCAAAUGGCUUAUUGUUUUUUAAAAAAUUAUUUACGUUGAAUUACUUACGGCCCUUUUUAAAAAGUAAAUAAAUAGUUCUUACAUGUCUUAGCACUCGCAUUAUUUACUUUUUUGAGUAACCACAGAAUAAAUCAAAUUAAAUGGCAUUCCCAUUCUUUCUUUCGGAAAUAUCUUUUGGCAGUGGUGUAUAAAAGGAAGAUGUAGCGACCGUGGAAUGGGUUUUCCAACUAUGCCCCCGAAGGGACCUGGUAAAUGGUCCAACUGGGGAAGCUAUUCUGUUUGUAGUGGUGAGUGCGGGAAUGGAUUUCAACAGGUUCAGCAUAGAAGCAGACAGUGCAUCAAGUAAGACUAUUUAUUCUUUAACUUUUUUAACUUUAGAACAACAUUUCAAAAUACAAUCAUCACAAAAAGCGCUGAAAUAAAAUUUGGUACGUUGUAUCUUCUUUUUCAAACAAAAAUUUUUGGGUAAUAAAAACAUAUGAAAUCUUUAUUCAAUGUGGAGCACGGAAUAUUGCUCUAUUCUAUUUAUAAGUUCAGUCCGCUACAUUUAGCUACAAAAUGUGUUUCAUAUAAGUUGUGUGGUUAAACAUUUUCAACUUAAAUGUACGAUCUCUGUCUCACUGGGUUCUUAACGGACAUUAAAAAUAGGAACUACCCGUAAUGCUACUCCUAGGUGCAGAAUAUGUGCCGAUUUGAGCACAACGCUAAAAAAGACAAUGAUGUGAAAUGUGGUACUAGCGACGAGCGAAAAAACUAAAACUACUACAUGGUGCCGGACUUACAGUUAGCUAUCGGUUGAGUGUGUGUGUUUUGCAAUCAGUUUUCUAUUCUGUUUUUAACUGCAUUUCCGUAACAUCUUGAUCUUCUCUUGUACCCGUUUUGACGAGCUCAGGAGCUAAUUACUGGCAUAAAGAAUUGUCUUCUAUAACUGAAAGAUUUAAAGAAAAUUUGUCGUUGUUGUUGUUGCAGACCGGUGGCUGAGGCCAGCUGUGAAGGACCAAACAAGGAAUACAGAACCUGUCAAAUGAAGGUUUUUACGUUUAUACCUGCACAUUACUACUACUGUGUUGGGUUGUGUUUUGUUUUUUAGUUGCCCAAGUAGCAGAAAUUUAUGGUUACGGCGAGCCCUGUAUGUAUACUAGCACGAAUUAUAUACACGAUCGGCGCCCCUCUGUCCAGUGUUUUAGCAACUGCCACUGUUAAAAAGAUUUUUGGAAGUUUGGUUAUUUUAAAGUGGGAACCGUAUGUUGGUAAACUGCGACACUGCAGGUGAUAAGAUAUGAAGUGUCUCUCGGAAUGGGGAAGACAGCGAUGGGUCUUCGUAUAUUAAAGAUCUAAACAAGGGAGAGUACAAUGGAGUGUACUGCAUGGGCAAAUGAAAAGAGCAUAUUUGACUUGUUUAUUUGAUAGCAGUUAAAUCUACGGUAUUAGAUUUUUCCGCCAAGGGAAUGCAGUUGUUUUGCAUGAAAUGCAAACCCUACUUAGUACAUAUUUAGUCCUGUCGUAGGUAAUUUGUAUUUCACAUCUAGGGUGAAGCAGCGGGAGAAAGGAUUGAAGCUAUAAGGGGAGCGAGAUACUAAAAAUGAGGCUAGUUCGUUAACAAACGCUUACUUGCUGCAGCCAAUUAUGAGUCUACAAAUUGAAAAGAUAUUUUUUUAAUGGUCUGUAGGUAUGUCAACGUAAUGUUACAGCCCUCAAUUUUAGGCAGAAUGCUUGUAGCAAACGAACAGAUGGUUUUGACAAUUACUACCUGCGUAGCCGUAAGUGCGUAUAAUGUUUAACAAAAAUAGUCAUUUUCAGACCUACAUUUGUAUCAGACAGUCACGUUUGUUUGCAAACCGUUUUGUCUUCCUUCAACAUUUUUUAAAUUAAAGUUUGAAACAUUCACAAUCUGUAUUAGGUAUUUUAAACUUACAAGCAUUCAUGUUCCAGGCUUUAAGCUUUAACUUUGAUGUAUAAUUGUACUAACGUAAUUACUACUUAGAUUUUAACUUAUAACUGACUUGUAGCUAGUAUACUUGUAAAAAGAUUCACACGUUUUUGGAUACCCGAAUAAGUUUUUACCGUGAAUAAAUAAAUAAAUAAAGAUUGAUUGAUUGAUUCCUCCAUGGUAUGUCUUUGUAAGUUUAACGGGCCGAAAAUUGUAUCUCCGUCAUAAACAGAAAGUCCAGAUACUCACUCCAGUUUGCAUUAUCUUCUUUUUUAGCUUGCCAAAUGUGGUGCCGAAAGGGUUGGUCUCUUGCUAGGCCGAUUGGUCAAAUGCCAGAUGGAGCCAUUUGUCGACAAACUGAGACGUAUUCCGCUAUCUGUGUACAAGGAUCUUGCAGAGUGAGUUCAUCCUUAUUUUUUUCCCUUCAAUCGCCAUUUAUAUGCAAUAUUAUUGGGUUUUCCAUAGUCUUAACUUUACAUCGAAUUUCAGCAAAACAAUAAUUAUUACAAAACAAACAUAGCAAAUGAACAGCAAGUUUUGCUUCACCACAACCCACAUUUCGAUUAAUUUCGAUUAUCUUCACUUGCGAUUUUUUAUAAUGAUGUCGCUGUGAACGGAGUUUCAAUUCAUAGAUACAGUUUAAAAUCAAGUUGUACAUUAUUUAGAAUUAUUGAUAAUAUAAUAGCAAUUUUCUUCGAGGCAAAACGUACCAAGAAAACCAGGUAACGUAAACUUAAAAUUUUGUUAAGAAUCAACAAAUUACAGGAAAUAAAUGAAUAUCAGUAGCAAGGCAAGCGUUUUUAAAUAGUGUAAAUUUUUUUAAGCCUGUAUUUUAUCCCUGUAAUUCAGUCUUUUUAACUGCAAUGGUAAUAAAUAAACAGUUUAUUAUUAUUAUUACAAAAUAAACUUAAGUAAGUCCCAAAGGAAACAGUGAACUCUGCAUUUUUAACCCGCUUUUACAGUUUCGGAUUGGAUUUGUCACCUGAUGUAUUAAGUGGCUUUCUUCAAGAACGAAAAACUAUUCAAUUAUCAUUUUAGUUUUAAAGUUUUUUCUUAAUUUAGAGGAGUAACGUUUACUUCCGUUAUAAUUAAAAUGCAUCCAGCGUAACUGAACAUUUAUCGAUGAGUCAAGGGGAAGUUAAAAACAAACUGAAAGGAACUGAAGAAGGGCAAAGUCUUCGGCAUAUGUUAUACUAUGCGUACUCAUGCGCUUAACCGAACUUCGAACAUCUGCAGAUUGUUGGCUGUGAUAACCGAGUGGACAGUAAAAGACGUUUUGAUCGUUGCGGUGUAUGUGGAGGUAAUGCGAGUACCUGCACAAAGGUAUCGAGGGAAUACACCGAUAUCCCGGCAACAAGUGGUAAGCAUAUAAUUCAGUCGUUGUAUGACUUGCAGUAUGAUAUUUCAAGAGACAGGCUAUAUUGAAUGAUUUAAUUUGAUACAUUAUGCAAUCUAUUUGCAAUUAGUUGUUCCAAGACCCGCUCGGGAAAUCUGGUUCGUCCUUAGCUGGCAAACAAUAAAAGAGGAAAAUAUCAGCAUCAAUUGAAGAUACUCUUUUUUAACUCGUUGACGUUAGGUCCUGGUAACGCUUCACCGAUUGUUACACUACUCCCAGGAACUCGAUUUGCUAAAUUUGAAAUGAAAGAAGCUACUACUAAUUAUCUUGGUAAGUACAUUGCAGUUUAUUUGUAAUUAAGUAGUAAAGUAGGGACCGAAUUAUCCCUUUUUGUCACGUUAACAAGGAAAUAUGAUUCAAUUACCCCAAUAUAGUUCAAGCUACACUGGCUACCUGUACAAUCCCGUAUUAUUUUUAAGCUACUGUUAUUAGUCUAUAAAGCACUCAACGACAAAGCACCUUCUUAUAUUUCUAUUCUCCUAAGUCAUCGAAAGUUCUCUCAGUGACUACGUUCCAGUGGCCGUGAACUGCUCACUCUGCGACUGGCUAGACUUAAAGACUUAUUGAGACCGGGCGUUCAGCACUGCUGCACCAUGGCUAUGUGAUGACUUGCCUCUUACUGUUCGCAAAUCUCUAUCAAUUGCUAUUUUGUAAAAAAAAAAGAAAAAGAAAAAACAUUUGCACACUUAUCUUUUUGAAGAAGGCUAUCACGUGUAACUUUUAUUUCCAGUACCCUUAUUUACAUUUUAAUUAUCUGUAAAUUUGUCUUAAAGUUAUAUAUAUUUUUAUUUAUUGUACAUGUAUUAAUAUCUUAAAGCUUUGAAAUUAUUUCAUCUCGGUAUGUUUUUAGCUUUUAGUUUUUACGUUAGUGUAAUCAUUGUAAAGUGCUGUGAAAGGGUAGCUGAAUAGCUCUAUAUUUAUUAUUAUUAUGAUUAUUAUUAUUACUAUUUGCUGUGGUGGAAUUUCAUACUGACUUGCGGUAAAAUUUACUUCAACUUCUAUGACGCCGUAAAACCUUUUCUGUUUAUCUCCUGAGAAAAAUGAGAUGUAUGUUCUAUUUGUUGAUGGUUUGACAGGUUUUCUAGUUAACUUUAGUAAGUUAUUAGGGGUCAUGUCCUUAUUUGGUCAGCAUGGUGUCACCUUUGACUCAAGAUUACUGAGCCGUAAAGUGAUUAUGCAAGUUCUAUUUCCUACCGCUUCCAUUGUCCGUUGAAGAAAACAAAUCGAAGACGAAUGCAAACUAGCUCCUUCAAAGACAAAACUAAUUUUUUUCUUACCUCUCCCCCAUCCUGGUUCUCCACAAUUCAAUGAUUUCGCUCCUCCACAAUUAUAUUUUAUUUCAUUUCUGUUGUUUUACAUUUUUUUCAAAUAUUUGGAGGGCAAGCGGAGUCUACUAAGAGGGGAACGAAUUAAAACGUCUGCUUAUCCCAACUUUGCCUGCAGUCCUAGCCAGUUCAUGGCACAUCAUCAGCCUAAGGCUUUAGGUGUAAUUUAUGACUGUAUCUUUGAAUAGAUUUAGCCUUCAAUAAAUCUUUUUUAGAAAAAAUAGCUUCAAUUUGCAGAAAGUAUUCUUAUUUUUGUAUUAACCACAAUCUAAUAGAGAGAUUAAGUUCCCCGUUUACGCCAAACGGCAAACUUCAGAUUCAAGUUGAGAAUUUCUCAGAAUAGAAAAUAAGCAGAUAAAACUGUUCAGAACAGUUCUUAUGUAUAAAACUGGCGUGAAACUACCUAUUUUCCAGUUGAAGUAAUAAACAGUUAACGACAAUUAAGGGAAAAACUUGGUCACUUGGCUUCCUGUCAAGUAGGGAGCUCUGCGAACGACAACUUUUACAACACCCCAUAAAAGCUAUGUACUCUUACAAUCCUAUAAUGUGCCAUUUUACGGAUAUACGUGAACACAUGUACAAUUCCUCUAUUUAUCGACGUUGACACAUUACCAGAGAGAUUUACGUAACAUAAAACUGUAGCUGGUCUAAUGCGCACGAUAUUAACAACAACAAUUCGAAAAAACCUCAACAAUUAAUUCAUACAAUGCACGAUCAUCUACUUCUGGUAUCUUUCACGUUAAAAGCUCGAAGCUGGAAAUACACAAAAACUCUUUGUCGCGUUUUGGCUUAAAACUUUGCAAUGAGAUACCUUUUCAUAUUAGCGAUCCUCCUUAAAAGGAAUUUACGAAAAUUCUCCACGGAUCGCUUUCCGAUAUCUUACAAAGAGAAGAUGACUAAUGAAUUUUCCUUUAAAAUUAAAUGCUUUCCACUUUCCGUCAAUUCCUUUUUGGUUUUUUCUUAGAUGUAAUGUAAUUAAAAUAAAACUAUGAUAGAAAUAAGAAUUAUUGUAACUUAAAAUAUUUUUCUUCCUUUCCUUUCAACGUGUUGACAAGGUCUAAAGUGAACACUGUAAAAAAGGAAACAUUAUAACAGUAAAAUGUAGUACUGAGUGCAUUUACAUUUAAUUAUAAAAGGAUCAUUUAAUAUGGUGGUGCUGUAUUUGCUUUACAUACAAUGUUUUACGUCAGUGGUGCAAGCUCUUGUAAGCGGCCAUCUGUAACCUUUUAUGUUGGCUUACAAGUCGCUUAAAAGAGGAACCGUAGAAGUAAGCUGUUAGCUUGAGUUGAGAAAGCUUUAUAUCCUUCCCUGUGGGGCUCCCUGCGGCGUUCUGCAACGACAGCGUCGGCUCUAAGUAACACUUGCACAUAGCAAAUCUGUGGAAACCUGUUUUUCGAUAACCUAUAAUUACGAAUCCGAAAGUUACUUACCGUUGUCGAUGUUGUUGUUUCCAGGUGUGCAGGAUGCUUUUGGAACAUAUUUGGUUGGCGGGCAUUUGGGCAAUAAUCAGGUCAAAGAGUUCUCUGGCUCAAAGAUACAAUACUUCCACAAACCCAAGGGCAAGGACAUCAUUCACAUAACGGGACCAACAAACGCCACGUUAAGGGUAAUGGUAAGUAAUACGAGAAUUACUGAAACAAGAAUUUAAAAAUGCAGGGAUUUGCUACAAGUCAAACAACUGUCAAAGUGAGUAGUUUCAUCUGAAGAACUAACUACACACAAAGUAUGAAGGAAGGUUUCGUUUUAGCAGUUCCACUUUUUUCAAGCAUUAGCAUUAUUAGCUACAUUCGCUCUUAAGCUGAUGUUUUUCUAGUAUGGUUUGUGCUUAAUGUGAAAGCUAGCACCUGUCUUCACAAAUAAACCGUUGCUUUUAAACCUGAAGGAAGAAAUAACAGGCGGAAUUAUUUUUCCAACGGAGAGAAUAACGGAAUAAUGUAUAAGUUACAUUUUCAGGGAACAGAGAAGUUUUUGAGCGAUUUUCAAUGCUCAAAUUCAAUUUAAGCACUAUGUGAUUUUUUUCAGUACAUAAGAAAAGGUGAUCAGUCUAUUAAUCCAGGAGUGAAAUACACCCUUAUCAUACCCCCUCUGCUAGCGGCUGGAGUGCCUCAACCUGGGUUGCCUGUUGAGUUUGAUUGGAUUAAUGAGAAUUGGUCAGGCUGCUCCAAAUCUUGUGCAUCAGGUAAUUAUCCACUUCAAUUAACCCAACUUCUUUUGUUAACUAUAUCCUGUACCUGGCCUGCGCCACAGACGACAGUUAACCUCUGGUUAAAUCCGUCUACGAUACCUGUGUACUAGGAUUUGAGUACGCGAUAUGAUUGGACUGUUAAAAAUGCCAUCGUCAAUUUGCCAAUCAGGUUGAAGGGAAAUUCGAAACGCAUUUCCGGCAAUUAAUAGAGUCUGUUGAGUACGCAGAACAAGGAUAUCGCCGCUGCUUCGCAGACUUUACUAAUCGGGGUUAAAUUACGUCUAGGACGCAGCUCAGGCUAUACUGUACCACGGCUACUCGAGAAUGUAGCAUAAAGGUGUUUGCCCACGAGAAAGCUUCUCGAAAGUUCUGGUCGACUAAAUUCUGGGCUCCUAAAGUUGUUUUUACAUUCAAGAUGGUGAGCUGAUAAUAUCAUAAAACUGCCAGUUAACAUAACAAAAUGAACAGGUUUUUCGGCUAAAACCUGUACUUUUGUUCUUUAGAUUAGCUCCCGAAUGGAUACCUGAACAUUCCAGCAAAAUACCCGGGGACUGAACAACCUCUUGGUGAAACUUGUUACACUGACUUAUUCACAAAUUAUUUCUUGUUAUACUGACUUAAGGUUCUGGAACAUGUAAAUAACAACUGUACAAUGAUAUCUGGCAGCUACCUUUACCUGAGGCUGUCACUGAUAGCGGAACUUGAGCUUAAAACAUUUAAUAAUAAUAAUAAUAAUAAUAAUAAUAGCGAUUUUAUUAGUAGCACUUCCACGAAGUGGCUCUUCGCCUACUAAUGCACUAACUACAGUAUAUUUUUGCAAAAAAAAAUCAAGCCGGUUUUAAACUAAAAAUGAUUUAUGCAAUAAAUUAAGAACAAGUACAGCAAGCUAAAAGGAAAGUCAUAUAAUAUUCAUCGAGACGAGACAAUAAAGGAGAUAAUAAAAAAGGUUCGAUAAAAAAAUAUGUACAAUUAAAAGAAAGCGUGGUUGUAAUAAUAAUAAUAAUAAUAAUAAUAAUAAUAAUAACAAAUGAACAGAUGAACAGCAAAUCUGUAGGAGUGCAAGCGGCAAGCGCUAUUACUCGCAAAAUCGGAGAAUCCGCCAGUUAAGGACAAUGGAAGACGAAAGGGGUAUAUGGAACUUAUGAAGGAACUAUAGGAUCAAAUGGGGCACGAAGAUAUGGGGUUCACAAAGUAGAAUUUACGAGACCAAGCCGCUCGACUUGAAAAAUCCUUAGGCAAUGUAACUAGUACUAUCACUAACGGAAUAAAAACGAAGAGAGGGGGAGAUAACGCAGCAGGGGACUUAAGCAACGGACGCCAAAUAGCAAAAACUGCUGAUCAAGAAGAACCGAAUCUGCAUACAAUCCUGACCCAAAAUCAACAGCGUGACAAUGGUGAUCUUUUCUCAGAACCGGAUUUGCAUACAACCUUGACCCAAGAACAACAGCUUAACAACGGUGAUCAUGAAAGGUGUAGCUUUUUAGAGCCAGGAAACAGGAUAAUGGAAACAAUUAGCACCCACCCUGGAGACUAUUCCCAACGUGACAUUGACACCAGGACAAAGGAAACGACAUCAACAAAAGACAGAGAGAAAUCAACCAAGCGAGCGCUACGAGGUAACAUCUACGCAGAACCCGUUUGGUUUUCUGUGGUUAGCUAACUACGUUCUAUACUCGGUGGUUUGCGCGUUUUUGUUGAUGAAAGGAUGGGUGCUCAGUGGUACACGUGAAGAGGGGAGCCCAAGUGCUAGACGAGUCUGGUAUGAGGAUGGACGAGACAACUACCAUCACGGCUCUUGGGAAGGGAAAACCAUACAAAUUCCUGUGCGUAGUGGAGAACGUUCGACAGGAUGAACAGCUGGCCCUAGCGUGUGCGGCUAAAGAGUAUCUACGCAGGAUAUCUAUUAUAUGGUCCAGCCCCCUAUCUGAUUGUAACCGUGUACAGGCAACUAAUCAGUAUGCACUCCCGGUGCUGCGGUACUUAAUGUGGACAUAGCAUUGGCCUCUAUCGGAGUUAAGAGAUGUGGACAGAGCAGCUCAGAAGAUCAUAGUUGAGAACGGUGGCAAGCACUCAGCUAGCCUAACUUCUUUGUUCUAUCUACCGAGGGAGAAAGGUGGUAGAGGACUGCGAUCAGUCGAACACGAGUACAAGAUCACUAAAAUGAAAUCGCUACUGAAAUUGUAUCAGAAUUCGGACCAGACUGUCAAUCCCGUGUGUGUUACUACGGAAGGAAAAGUGGUGACUGCACCUAGAGCUGGUAAUCUGUUGACGCAAUCUCAAGAGAAGCAGCUCUUGGAGAUCGCUAAAGACAAAAAGUGACAAGGAACGUUAUUCCGUAUCAGAUGGGAAGAUGAGAGCCUAAACAUAACCAGCUGCUUUGCAUGGUUAAAAGGUUGGGCUACAUCCCCUACAUAUACCAUCGCGGGCAUGUAUGAACUGUAUAAGCAGUUGUUACCUACGAAACUCUACACAAAAGGAGAAGACGCAAACUUCCACCGACGGCGAAGUCCUAUGCAAGUUUUGUGGGAAGGUAGCUGAGAGCGUUUGCACAUGGCUGGAUGUUCCUCCCUGGCACAAACCAAGUACCCAUACAGGCAUAAUGCAGCUUUGACGAUUCUGUUUUUUUUUUUGAGCUCCUGUGAGAGUAUGGGUUAAUAGAAGAGGUUCCACCAUGGUACUCAUCGGUGAUGCCAAAACCAGCCUACCAGAACACCACGAGGGAGGCGUUUUGGGAUAUUCCCAUCUAUGCAUAGCACAACGAAGUUAGAGCAAAUCUGAUCGACGCGCGACUUGUCAGCCACGAGAGGAAAGAAGUCUGCACAAUUGAAAUGAGCUGCCCAUGGAUAAUGAGUAGAGCUAAGAAAGAUGGGGAAAAGACACUCAAGUAUGGGCCCAUGAUGUGGGAGCUGAAGCAGAGAUACAAUGGUUACAGGGUUCAACAGUACAACGUAAUAAUUGACGUACUGGUUGGUUACUCUAAACACCUAGAGAGGUCGGUGAGGAAGCUACUAGGUGCGAGAGCACUGAUGUUUUUACUUAGGUUUUAUAGAGCAUUAGAGUUUGAUAUUAUUCUAAAUAGGCUUUUAGUGGAGAUAACCACAUUAUGAUGGCCUCGUUUAGGUAUAUAAGUUAUAAUGAGGGUAUAAAAACUGAAGAAUUUUCUAAAUAGGCUUCUAGUAGAGACAAUUAUAUCAUCAUGUCUUUGCGUAGGUUUUACAGACUAUAAGAAUUUAAUAAUAUUCUAAAUUGGCUUUUUAAGUAGAGAGAUUCAUAUCAUUAUGUAUAUUAGGAUUGUAUUAGGUUUCAUACCGACCUUUUUUUUCUUCUAAGUAUAGCUUCUCAAGUGGUGUAGGUUACGUUAUGCGCCCGAUACUACUCAUAAUGUGGACAGCAUUCCAAAGUUUUAUACUGCGAGAUAAUAAUAAUAAUAACAAUAAUAAUAAUAAUAAUAAUAAUAAUAAUAAUAAUAAUCGGUCAGGCAUACGCUUUCUCCUACGGAGAACAUGAGGUUCUUCGCUAACGUAACAAACUUGUUAUAGUCAGGCUCUUGCCAUAACCUAUAAGGUAACUUAUAAAAUAAUCUCGCUGCUGAGUCCUGAAAAGUGAAAAGUGAUCUUAAGUUAUAGGCACUGACAGUAUGGAAUUUAGGGCGUAAGUAAUCAGGCCAAAAAUCAUCGUAGAGGGCUUUCCGAGUAAUUCUCAAUAGUGCUAGGUCUCGCCUUUUAAUAAUUGGAAGCCAGUUUAAUUUCUACAAGUCCUCUAAAACAGCAUACCGCCCAAGUACGUAGCCCGCGCAUUUUGUUUGAACUCUUUGGGGCCAUUUCAUGUGGUAUUCUGGGAGGGGAUAGAAGACAACACGCCGGUAGUCCAGUUUUGACAUCACUUAUGACUCCACUAACUGCUUGUGAACACGGUAUGGUGCGAGGUUGCGCAGUUUCUGGAGAACAGCCAAUGCUGCAUAACAGGAUGAAAGAAGUGCAGUCACGUGGUCAGCCACGUUAGAUGUUCGUCCAUGUGGACCCCCAGCAUCUUAGCUGUGGUGACACGUUCUAGUAACUUCCUAUUACAGCUCACAGCCGGAUAAUAAUCGUGUAACGCGUGAGCUCGAGACAUCUGGCAAGUGGAAACAAGCAUCCACUUUGUUUUAGCUUUAUUCAAUGCGAGGUUUGACUCAGAUAAGUAAUCCCCCAAACGUGAUGCUGCAUCAUUUAAUUACGCGACACCAGUUUGUCGUCUUUGAGCGAAUGAACAAAGUUAGUACUGACUAUCUGCUCUUCUUCUCAACAAUACUUGCCAACAUGUAUGGAGCUAUAUAUUGCCACAUUUACCAUAUUAAAGUUUUUUUCUAGGAAUCAGAACACGAACCCGAUGGUGCGUUGUUAAAGAUGACCAAAGUCCGGUUGAUGCAUCCGCAUGUGGGGGACCUCCUGAAGAAACUGAACCGUGCAAUACUCAACCUUGUCCAGCAAAGUAAGUUUUUUCCCAAAGCCAUGGGAUAUAUCACGUGAUAAAUUUUAAAAAUGUACUUAACCACAUCCUUAACCCUACUCGGUCGCCAUACUAGUUACAUAUUCGUUCAUUAAUCAUUUUCGUAUUUUGUAGGUGGGUGAUGAAGUGGAGACCUUGUUCAAAAACCUGUGGCAAAGGCAAGCAAGUGCAUACCACAACGUGCCUUCAACGAGUUAACGAAACUUCACUCAGAGAAAAUGACACAUGUAAAGAUCCAAGACCCAACCCACCCCCCGUCCUUGUUCGGUUCUGCAAUGAAUACCCAUGCUCUCCGCAAUGGAUUGUGGGAAACUGGUCAAAGGUAAACUUCUUGCUUUAAUGGAAAUUUUAUCUUCCUAAAUUUAUUUAACAGGUAAGUAUCGUCAGUGCGGCAGCUUCUCUGAUUCUAAAUUUCUCGUGUUAAAUGAAUUGAACAGGGUCAGAUCCUGUGAUAGAAAGCAGAAUAAUUGUAAUGAGCAAUUGUUACAAAAAUGAUGAAGGUUGCCAGUAAUAAGUAGACAUUUGAGGGACCCCCGUCAAAAAACAUACAAACAAACAAAGGUCCAAUUUUAAGAAAAUAUGCAGGAAAAAAUGAUGGCAUGAUCACUGGCAUGGUGUUCACUGCUUGUGUUGUUCCUUUGCAGUGUCCUCUGAAGUGCGGAGUUGCGACGAUACAGCGAAGUGUCUCUUGCUCUCGAGUCGAUGAAGCUGGGAAUUUGACUGUCAUAGCGGAUGUAUUUUGUCGGUACCUUGAUAAACCUGUUUCAAAAGCCAAGUGCAAUGAGGAUGAUCCUUGCGGACGUGAGUCACCGACAGUUUAGUCCUGUUUAGUUUAUAUGCACUAUAGCAAUCAGUCUGAGGACGUCUAUUUACCGUAUUUAUUCGAAUAAGUGCCCAACCUCGAAUCAGCGCCCACCUCGAAUAAGCGCCUAUCCUAAAGGCAGAAAAAGUUAAUAAACGCCCACCCCGUCCUCCUCCCAAUCAAACUCAAAUAAGCGCUCACCCCCCACCCCACCCACUUGAGUGAAUAAAUUCUAAUAAGAGACUUCCCCCAGGACGGAGUUUUCUGCAGAGCAUUGGUAGUUUACAGAAAACUUGCUUUGUUACUUCUUCGCGUUUUGUUAUUAGCAUUUAUUGCUUUGUUGCAAAAUAAAGAUACUUCACUUGCUGAAAAUGUGAAAAUUUAAUAAGCGCCCACUCUCAAGGUCCAAAAUUUAAUAAGCGCCCAGGGCGGUUAAUAGAAUAGAUACGGUAUGCUGGAGGUUUAGAAAGCGCGCGGGCCGAACCCUUAUCGGUAAUUUUGUAUCAAUUACCUCUGCAUAUGUAAUUGAUGUUUGUAGUUUGACAAAUUGUCCUUGAGUGCGCAUGUGCCACACGUGUCAACCGUCUAUUAGCUAUUAUACAUCUAACUUUUUUUACUUCCUUUUUUCUCAUGUAGCAAGACCGCCUACUUGCCCAGCAAACCAUUUGUGUUCUAAUGAAGGCCAGUGUCAUCCAGAUCCUGCAGGAUAUCAGUGUGUCUGUGACAGAGGAUUUACUGGCGUAGAAUGUGAGAGUGAGUAACACAUUAUAAACCACGUUAAGAGCAGGCAGUGUAACGUAUUUGAAAAAGCUAAGAGAUAUUUUGUUCCAGCAUCAAUAUCAAAACUAUUAGGUCGAUACAGUGUGAUACACCGAUAGAUGUCUAAUCAGUCUCAACGAUUAGGGGAACUAAUGCCCGACUAGGCUUAUGGUGAUGUUACACGGGACGAUUCGCAACGGCGAUUUUUAGCGCAACACAGCGUUGCGAUGUUGGAACAGUGUUGUAACUAUUCGAAACAAUGUUGUAACAAUGUUGCAACGCUGUGUUGCGCCGAAAAUGGUCGUUGCGAAUCGUCUCGUGUAACAUAACCUUUACACUUUAGGACCUGACACUUAAAUAAACUGGAAAAAAAGAUAGAUAUUGAAGAAAAUUAAAUAAUUUACUACCUUCAAAUAGCUAGUUCAGUAACCAAUCAAGGUGGGGACUAAAUGAAUUUGUUGUAGUUUCUGCUCUAUCAUUGUCAUCUACGUGGGUUAUGAAGCCAUAUUGCUUCAUUUGAACAAUCGAGUAACUUUCUAUCGGAAAUUGGCGUGAAAUAAUGUCUCAGCCAUUAAGACAAAGAGAUGAACAUAUUUUGAGCUUGUUUGAUAUUUUGGUUCUGUUUUGUAGUAAAACUAAAUCCUUGCGAAAGUAAUCCAUGUUUGAACGGAGGCAGCUGUUCGCCAGGUGUUAUUCAUCAUUACGACUACAUUUGCAAGUGUAAAGAACAUUUUAUGGGAAAAAACUGCGAGAGUAAGUCACUUUUAUUAACUAUAAAUCAACCAAUGAAUGUUUUACAACCUGGAGUAGCUAAACAAUUAAGCGAUCAAACAUCCAGGUAAUUACCAAUCGGGUGGAUUGGGACUUACAAGUCUUCUAAACAUUUUUCAGUUAAAAGGUGUUAUCCUCAUAACGCCCGAGACUUCUGUCAACUAUUCUUUGCCUGCACAGUCAUAUGAAAAACCUGACGCUUGUGAUAAUCUUGAAAUGUAAAUUCAUUGUUUUCCGGCUGAUAAAAAAAGACUGAGAGGCUACUGAUUAAUGUAAAAUGCUUGAAAAAUGUUAUCCUCUUCUUGACUUUAGGUGCAGUGACUGCUUGUAUGGCAAACCCAUGUUUAAAUGGCGGCAAAUGCACUGAUAACGGUGCGCAUGACAAAUACACUUGCAUAUGCACAGAUGGGUACUCAGGAAAACAGUGCCAAGGUAAAAAUUAAAAAAAUGUUAACAAAAUAUAAAAAAGUAGAUAAGUAGAUAAAAUUAACAACUAGAAUAUACACUCAAGUGAUCACAAGAUGCGGACGGAAAUCCAUUAUUUAUCGCAUUUUCGGCACGGUGGUCUGUUGCGAGGGCUUUUGGUCCCAUACCUCUCAAAACUGAGAGUUUAAGGCCAUAGAGAGAAGUAGAAUGCAUCGAAUGUAACAAAACUUGGCAAAGAAGUAAGUUGAUAAAUUACCUAUUUAUUGGUGUUUAUUUCAUCCCAUGUGACUUCUAUUGUGACGUCAUAGAUGAUGUCCAAAUUUAGCAUCAGAAAGAAAAUUCAAGAAAGAAAUGCUAAAAAUUUUACAUUAGUUUUCUGUAUAGAAUUCUAUGAUUUCUGGUGAAAACCCCAUCUCAAUCGGAUGAAAAGGUGCAAAGUUACAUUUAAUUAAAGAAAUUCAAAUUUCCCGCCAAAUGACCAUAUAUGGUCAAACUUUAGGGGUAUUUUAACGCGAAAACAAUGAAGGUAGUCGCAACGGAGAAAAGACAAAUUUGCAUAAAAACAAAAUUGUACUUUUUUGAGUUUAGGAUGUGUGGUCUAUGACGCGUAUUUUGUCACGAAUUACGUCAUAAUGACGUAAAUUGUGACCAAAUACGCGUCAUAGCACCACAUAUGCCGAAUUCAAAAAACUACAAUUUUGAUUUUAUGCAGCUUUGUCUUUUUUCCGUUGUAAAUACAUUCAUUGUUUUCGCGUUAAAAUACCCCUAAAGUUUGACCAUAUAUGGUCAUGAGGCGGGAAAUUUGAAUUUCUUUAAUUACAUGUAACUUCACGCCAUUUUAUCCGAUUGAGAUGGGGUUUUCACUGUAAAUAUUGUUUUUCUGUAACAAAAAUGUUUGUAGCAUUUUGAACACUGCUUAUCAAAUUUUUAACGUUGUUACUAAAAAUAGGUGGUUCUUAUGACGUCAUACUUUCAAGUCAAAAAUACCUUUACAAUUGUAAAAAUUUAAAGAAAACUUUUCUCCAAUUAAGAUGUUCUAAUGAAGCAAAACAUUAGAACAUCUUAAUCGGAGAAAAGUUUUCUUUAAAUUUUUACAAUAAACUACCCCUCUGUAAGCCAGAAAUUGAAUUUAAGAACCAAACGGGAGCAAAAGCCCUAGCAACCGACCAUCGUGCGGGUUAACUGAUCUCAACGCAGUCAAUAAAGCACAGUUCAAUCUUUCACGAUUUUAGAAUCAGCUAAGUGUCAUUAAUUUAUUUUAUCAGUCAAUCAAAAAAUGAGGCAAUCAAAAGAAGAGAAUUAAACACAAUAAUGAAAGCCACUGAUAAACUUUUGGCCCUCGACUAACUAAUCGAGAAAAAAUUAAUCACGUAUACAGAGUAAUGCUUAAAGUAAUAUGGUAUAUACAUUAAUUAUUAAAUAAUAUAAGAUAAAACAUACGAUAAAACUUUAAACAUGGAUAAGCAUAGGUGCAUGAGGCUAAUAACUACAUAAAUAGGAAUAAAAAGACUAAAAAGCACAUGAAAUGACGGAUGCUACAUGUACUUGUCUUGAAAAGAACGGAAACGCCAGUACAAUCUUUAUUCAAAAAAAUUACAUCGAUUGAGCCAGAAGGUCUAAACUUCACAUGCACGUUAUUUGAGAGUUUGCUUGGAGUAACAGUAAAAUAAUGGACUGACUCCCUUUCCCUCACCUUGUGCGAUGUAAUAAAAGUAAGGGGCGCUCUCCGAGUUCUUCUGCUGUGAUGGUCACUGUUGAGCCUUAGCCUAUGUAUGUUCACACUUUGUGACUUACAAGCAGUUAUGAAUUCGGUGCUUCUUAAGUGAUAUGUGAGUCAGGCAUUAAGAAGUCUAGGACAAUAUUAGAGGAUAAGUCGUCCAAAGCAGUCUUUCCGUAGACAGCAAAAAAUUUUAGAUAACAUUAUGGUUGGUUUAUUCCAACAUAAGGGUGGACUUCCUGUUCUGGACGGGAUGGGUGAAAUCAAAUUUGACUCUCAGUAAGACUGUCAAAUCUCUGUUUAAUCCUUAUAUCUGGUAAAGCCUGCAAAUUUGCUUUUCCCUUCUCCUUUCUCUUUGUUUUCUUCAACAGUAUCCCGUUUUUAUGAGAUUGGAUGUUUUGUUAACAAGAACAAGGUUAUAAAUGAAUUAAAACCACAAGGGUCACAAAGUCAGAGCAAUGAACCCGCUGUUUUAAUGUGUGCUAAGCUUGCCCAAGACAAAAAUUAUCAUUUUUUUGCCGUGGGACAUAGUGGAACAUGUUACUCCGGCCCAUAUCCUGGUUGGCGGUACUUUAAAUAUCGUUCCAUAUUAAAUUGCAAGAAAGGAGGCUUUUUCGUUUACUCGUUUGGUAAGUUCGUAUUGAUAAUUUGUGAAUUGGACCUUAAAAAGCGCCUCUUUAUAAAAACUGAUAACAUAAAUGAUGUCUUUUCGUCCCACUACAUGGCUGCGAAAAGUGAACAAUCACAGGUAGGUGCAAAAUUAAACGCACUUGCCGUCUCAUGCUAUAGAAUCAUACUGAACAUCAAACGUCUGGACAAUGUCUCAAAUGACCGAAUCUAUGAUCUCACUGGUACUAGCCAUCUGCUAUUGGCGGUCAUCUCACGUCAGCUCAAGUUCCUUUGCCACAUUUUGCCCACGGAGAAGGAUGAACUCGCUAACAUCUACCCGUUGUAUGAGCUCCCCCCCCCCCCUUGCCAACUGGAGAAGACCCCCAGGAAGACCGCAUAAGUCCUUUUCCAGCCAAGCCCAGAAAUGGAUCAACCCCAAUAAACAUUUGUCAGAGGAUGACAUUGUGUGCAGUGACCAAGACCGAGCCAGUUGGAGACGACUUACAGUCAACUGCUCUACGGUCUACCGAUGAUGACGACAACAGCAACGAUGAUGAUGAUGAUAAUAAAUGAACAAGACUGAGAGACUUAAUUGAUGGAAGUCAUAAAAAAGACGUUUUUGACAAUUUUAUCUCAUUAUAAUGUAAAUUUAAAGGUUCUUUGAAGAAGAGCGACUUUGAGUUGUAAAUCUAACUGGCAUUUCUAACAUCGUUACGUAUUCCGCCGUUUACAUGUGAUGACAGCCUGUUCCAGGGUCCGAGAUAGUCGCAAAACGAACUAAAGAAAGCGCGAACAAGAAAAUAAAACGGGAAGAAACUGGGGCCUUCUUCCUGUUUCCCGCCACUUUUCCCUUUUCCCUAAUCAUGUGCUCGUAUUUUUGAGUGUCUCCUUACUAUCUGGGAGCCUGGAACGGUCUAAUGCGAUGAACAUGACGAAUGCGCGGUCACUAAAUAUUUUCUAGCGAUGAGACUUUGGUGGCACAGUUUCAUACCAGGAUUGUCCUUACGCGCGCAAGUUGCAGCGACCUUGUACACAAUUUCGCUUCCAGAGGCAGCACUUUCAUCCUUUUGGUCCCUAUGAAUAUUCUGUUCCACUGGAAAAGGAUAAGGAAAGGCUCUGUGACGAUAUAACCUUUUAGGGUAACGAUACGAUGGCUGCUAGCUUUUAAGAGAAUUAAGUGUAAGAGAAUGAGAUGAAAAUAGCUGAAAAUAAAUGCAUAGAUUAAAGAUUCAGUUCUCCAUAGCGGCAAAGAAUCAAAUCUCAUUAGCUGAGUUAUUUGGUCGAAAUGGGAAAUAACAUCUUAUAAGGCUAUGAAUAUAAUUUAUUAGCGUAAGCAUGGACAACAUGAUGGUGGAAUUAAACAUAACAGCAUUAAUCUAUACAAGAUUUAAAAAUUGAGAUUUAAACUGCAAAGGACCGCAAACGAUUAUGCCGUAAAACGUAGGAUCUAUAAAAGACCUGACCAGGAAAAAUAUACACUGAGUAGACACACUGAAUUCUACAAAGCUGAUCGUACUACGUGAAAAUUAACUUUGCAAGACAUCAAUACGACACCGAAAGAACCAAAAACAGAGGGGGUCGUAGCCGUAGACAGCUGUUUCGCCCUUUUUGGGGCUCUUCAUUUUGGCGCAACGAACAGAGAGGCUCUGCCGUAAAAUUCCCUCACAUUCUGGUUUUGCCCAUGUUCCUAAGGUUGGUUUUGUCCAUUCUAAAUUUUCUUUGUAAGACAUGAACGUGACACAUGGACUCUUGCCCUCUCGGUGACACGUGACAUGGCGUGACUCUGUGAGUGUUUGAGUUCAUGACAGGGCUUUAAAACCGAGUGCGCGGGAAUUUUACGGCAGAGCCUCUCUGUUUGUUGCGCCGUACUGACGAGCCCCCAGAAAGGCGAAACAGCUGUCUACGGCUAAGACCCCGCUCUGUUUUUGGUUCUUUCGGUGUCGUAUUCAUGUCUUGCAACGUUAAUUUUCCACGUAGUACGAUCAGCUUUGCAGAAUUCAGUGUGUCUACUCAAGAUUAAAAAACAUGUAUUCCUGCGCAAGUAAAUGAGAUUCCUGUGCAAAAAGGAUAAUUUCAUCCCUACUAUACUUCUUAAAUACAAGAGUAUUGGAUAUUUUGAAUAUAUGCUUUUUAAAUUAAACCAGUUUGUCAGUUAUAUUUUUUGGCCUCAAGUCAUUUAGCUGGCAUCUAUAGGAGUGUAAGGGCUCAGAACAAUUUAUUACCGCGUUCUUUUUUAGUUGCAAAAUAUGUAACACAUCACUCAAUUUAUAGAAAUUUUUGUUUAAACUUGUAUUAUUAUUGUCGUUUGUUCUUCAGAUCCUGUUCCCUUAUAUGAACAACUCAGAUGUUACAAAGCCAACAGCGGUAGAAACAGAGCUCUCCGUUUGACGAUCUUAAGAAUUCCAAAUCAGCCGGGAGAUAGCGACAGAAAGUCAACAAUAAAUAAGUGUGCAAGGGUAGCAUUCGCCAAGGGCUUUACCUACUUUGGCUUGAUGAUGAAUAAAAACAAGAAGAUUACAGUUUGUGUGUCAGACUGGAAAAAAGCAGCGGCGAAAAAUUACAACAAAUUCGGUUCUUCAGAAAAAUGCGAGAAUGGAAUUGGUUUGAACGGCGCGAACAUGGUAUACAAGCUGAAAGAUAAGGUAAAGGUAUGUAAAAUUUAGAGUAAAAACUACCUUAAUGCAAUUCCUUGAUUAGAAAUUUCCUUUCUUUCUGAACACGUUUUACCAAACGGCAGUGGUUAGAUACGAUAGCGCUUGCAGGACGGUAUGUAUAGACCUUGUCACGAUUUUCGAAACCAUCUUGACGAGUAGGCAAACGUGUGAGAAAUAACAGUGUUCGUAUGAGAAUCUAAUGUCGAAUAAUUUCCGUAAAAUGGUAGACUACGAGUAGUCCCCCAUUUUUCCUCAGGGAUAAUAGAGCGAGCAAAACGCGAGCGCGCGUGAAAAUCAACCCACGCGAGAAAAGGCGACACGCGGCGGGGAGAGAGAAAAAUGAGGGACUGCAGACAAAGCCCAAGCUUUUGACCCUUCACGGCCGACUGAUUUCGGAGUGUGAAGUUCGUAUCCCCUUCCAAAUCAAUUAAGCGCAUCCAAUGGGAUUCCUUCCCUCAUUGAGCUGUCAUUGCUUUUGUCAUUGGUAAACUGCGGGGGAUACUUAUUGCAAGCAGAAGAAAACCUGCAGAUACUAAUUUUCUUCACGGUUGUUUCGCGUGAAUAACUUGAUAGUGUAGGCAACACACGACGUUUACUCAUGCCAAAAUGCUGCUUGUUCCAAUGAAGUUUUUUUCUCUGACGGAUAGAUUAUGCUCUGGAGGAAAAAGUUUUGACUGAGCAAAUGUGAUUUUUGCCGCUUAUUUCAUACUGAGAGGUCGUGACACGUAUAUUAAUUUUCUGCGGUUAUUGUUUAUGGUCGGCACGAUUUGCCCUCUAAUGCAAGAGCAUUUUCUUUCACCUCUUUUGAAAAGUAAAGCUCUUCAAUGCGGCUAAAUAAGGGUUUGGGGUUGUUUAAUUUCUCCGGCGAUUGCCUCUUGGAUCUGAAUAAUUUUAAGCGAUUUUCUUUUUGGCCGUAAAUGUGACGGUUUCCUGCAAUGUUUUGUCUUGCUGGGCCCAGCUCGUUAGCGUUUUAGCAGAACGGAUAGCGAUAUCCAAAUCUCGAAGAAUGGAUUGCAGCUUAAACUAAAGCUACAUCAACUAUGGAGAACUGCGAUGUGACCCAGUCAUGACUGCUCACGAAUUUUAACUGCCGCUUGUUUUUCUGGAGAUAAUGUGAGUAUUUGGACUGGAGUGCGUAGUUCCUCCCUUGGUGAUAACGUUUGAAUAAGCUUAACAGCCUUGCGACUGUUUUGUUAUUCAAUUCGCACUUUGUGAUCAGACAAGACCAUGCUUUCGGUUCUCAACGCGAACCUCAUCAGUUGCCGGGUUGGCUUUCUUCUUAGUUGCUUCUACAAGAGCAACUCUGACUAGUUAUUUGUUCUUUGCUGUUAUUAGUUCUGCUCUAGUUAUUUGUUCUGUAAAUUGAGAUUAUGUCGAGUGUUGAUAGCGGCUGGCGCGUUUUUGACAGAUGUUGACAGAGCCAAUCAGAGUUUUGCGUUGUGACAGCAACGCAUUAGUUCAAAAGCUUGGGCUUUGUAGUCCCUCAUUUUUCUCUCUCCCCGCCGCGUGUCGCCUUUUCUCGCGUGGGGUGAUUUUCACGCGCGCUCGCGUUUCGCUCGCUCUACUAUCCCUGAGGAAAAAUGGGGGACCACUCGUAGUCUAGUAAAACGGCUGUUCUGAAAGAAAUAUCAAUUGUAAACUAAAGGUACAAAGCAAAGGAUUGUCCUUAAAAAUAUGUGGAGGCGUACCUGUGCUUAAAUUUCUCCAGAGGCUUGCUUUAGAUUUUCCAUAUGUUUGUCUGUAAUUUUCCCGGGACUUUCCUAGAGACAAAUGUAUAGGAAAUUUAAAAAGUGGUUCUAGGUCUUCUAGUGCAUAUAACGCCGUCAAAUUUUUCAGUACAAUCCUUAGGAGUGAAGCUUUAGUUUGCAAAUCAUAUUUUUUCAGAACAGCUGUUCUACGGAAAUUAUUCGAAAUUAGAUUCUCAUACAAACCAGGGGCGGAUCCAGGAUUUUUUUUUUCAGGAGAGGGUGCACUCGUCUCUUGCUCUACUUACUACAUAGUUUUUUUUUUUGCAGAAUACCAGUUGUAUUAGAAAACCGCAGGUCAUCUCUGGGGGGGGGGUGCGCACCUCCUGCACCCUAUCCCUAGAUCCGCCCCUGCAAACAAAGUAAUUUCUCGCGCAUUUGCCUACUCGUCAAGAUGGCGUCGAAAACCGUGACAAGGUCUAUUGCCUGUUAGUUUUGUUAAAUGAUUUAUUUAAAAAUUCCUAUUUUGUCGAGUCGUCAUCUUUCUCAAAUUUUGGAUGUUUUCGUUCGUCAAAGUUAAUUUCAUUUUACCUGGCACGUCCCAACGACAGUAAUAUAUGGAUGAGACAACACCAGCCUGCGCCUACGGAUAUCGAGGCUUUGCCGUGUCGGGUUAUCAGGUUUUUUGUCUCUCACUUUUCGAAGAUUUGUUGCAACAAAUCUUCGACACGCAGGCUCAAUAGACGGAGGAUUUAGGCCACAUGACGAUAAAAUAAGUGAUGUAAGUCUCUCUCUCCAAAAGUUCUAGUUAUGCGGUCCAGUAAACUUUUCCUCGUAGUAAAACUAAUAACAGAAUAUCAAAUAUUUUUUGUGGUUUUACGUAGACUACGUCUAAUAAAAAGACGAUGUCGUGUCCUUUUUUUUUCCACAAGAGUUAGCUUUGAUUUCUUCUGAUAUCUAGAGACAAAUGGAGACAAGUUAAAAAUCUGCAUCUGGUUUGCGUUCUCUGAUCAACGUUUUUAUGGCAACUCUAUUCAAAAUUUUCUGACACUAAUAGCUGCCGUGGAUUUCAGAAGAAAAAACAUGUAAAAUUUGUGUAAAUAUUCCACGGCAAAAACCUGCCAUCUUCAACCUGUGAUAUCUCCAUCAAAAAGUAUCCAAAUUUUCUGCAAAAAAUCCCUAUCAGAACACAAUUUUCGGUUGUGCCGGUUUCAUUGUCUGGUAAUGUCAUUAUUGCAACACAUUUUCUUGGAGACCGAAACUGUAACAAAAAUUAGUGUCGGCAAAAUGAGUGUUUACAAUAUGCCUAAGCAUAACUGGCAAAGUUUUCCUUUUUUUGAGAGGAUCAUUAUUAGAGUUGUAGCUUGUUUGGUGUCAAAGACUAAUUAUUUUGAAGUUUUACCCAUGGUUCUGUCUACAUAUAUUUAUAUUUCCUGGGGGAGAGAGGAGAAUGUCGCCGUUUUCCGCUGUCACAGGCAACAGAAAGGCGUUGAGGAAUUUGAAGAUACGAGAAGAAAGACAACCGUCCGAUGGAAAAAGUCAUCGUUUGGAGCUUUCUGUGUUCUGUGCUAAGAGUUUCUGUUGCAGUGAUGACAGCUGGAAA